AUGGCAGAUUCUAAGGGUAGGAAACAAGCUACAUUGGGGCGAUUUUUCGGCUCCAAUGCGGAGGGGUCGAAGACCGCACCUAAAAAGCAAACGACUUUGUCAUUCUCGAACAAGAAAGAUAAGAAGAGCGAUGUUGCCGACGAACAAGCGAAAACUGAGGAACCUUCAACUAUCACCGAAGCGAAGGGAGAGCCGACUAAUGGCGAAGAUGUAAAAAUGGAGGAUUUGCCGGACACAGAGGUGGCCCAUACGAACGGCUCUCCAGGCUCCAAGUCUCUCAAACGAGAAAAGAGCAGCGAUGAGGCAAGUGACUCGGAUGUUCAACCAGUACAGAAAAGACGCCGGAAGAGCUCACGAGAAGCGGCUUCCACCAUACGAAAAAAGUCGCCGUCGCCAAAGAGCUCUAAAACUCGCAAGGCCGAGGCCAAGGAAAGCUCGCCACCUGCCAUCGUGAAAAAGGCAUCCGGCGAGGAAACACCAGAGAAAGAAACGGAGCCUUCGGAAGAAGAAGAGGUCGCGACCGCUAGCGAAGAGGAAGAAGAAGACGAGAAGCCCGAAGUGAUGAAGAAGACGAUGGAAAAGGUGCAGGCCACAUUAAAAGCGACCGGCACGGAACCGUAUCCUGAUUGGAAACCUGGUGAACCGGUUCCCUACGCAGCUCUCUGCACGACCUUUUCUCUCAUCGAGAUGACCACGAAGCGACUGAUCAUUCUGGCCCAUUGCUCUCUCUUCCUCCGCCAAGUCCUCCGUUUGACACCGCAAGACCUUCUUCCAACGGUUCAACUGAUGAUCAACAAAUUAGCCGCAGACUAUGCCGGAAUCGAGUUGGGUAUUGGCGAAUCGUUCAUCAUGAAGGCAAUCGGCGAAAGUACAGGGCGUAGUCUGGCUGUGAUCAAAGCAGAUCAACAUGAGAUUGGCGAUUUGGGCUUGGUAGCUGCCAAGAGUCGAUCAAACCAGCCCACCAUGUUCAAACCCAAGCCCUUGACUGUCAGAGGGGUGCAUGAAGGUCUGAUCGCUAUUGCCAAAAUCCAGGGCCAAGGAUCUCAAGAUAAGAAGAUCUCCGCGAUCAAGAAGCUUCUGUCCGCUGCCGAUGCGGCAACGGCGGGCAAAGGUGGCAAGGGCGUCGACAUUACAAAGGACAAAGGAGGCGCCAGCGAAGCCAAGUUCAUCGUUCGAUUCCUGGAGGGCAAGUUGAGACUUGGCUUGGCAGAAAAGACCGUCCUCGUGGCUCUUGCUCAAGCAGUGGUGGUCCAUGAGGCUGCUGUUAGAGGCGAAAAGACACCUUCUCCUGAGAAGAUGGCGCAGGGCGAAGCUGUCCUAAAGACGGUAUACAGUGAGCUACCCGCUUACGAAGUGAUCAUCCCUGCAAUGCUCGAGCAUGGCCUGUUCAACUUACCCAAGAUGUGCAAGCUACAACCGGGAAUUCCCAUCAAGCCCAUGCUUGCCAAACCUACCAAGUCUAUCACCGAGGUGCUCAACCGAUUCGAAGGGAAGGAUUUCACCUGCGAGUAUAAGUAUGAUGGUGAGCGAGCUCAGAUCCAUUACGUUGCACCCGAUGUGGUUCACCACUACCCCGGGGCAAAAGCUACCCUGCAAAAGGACUCCAAGGGCCUUAGUGCGAUUUUCUCACGAAACUCGGAAGACUUGUCGAAGAAGUAUCCUGAUGUGCUGGCCAAACUCGAGACUUGGGUCAAGGACGGAGUGAAGAGCUUUGUCUUGGACUGUGAGACGGUGGCUUGGGACACGGUGAACAAGAAGGUUCUACCAUUCCAACAGCUUAUGACUCGUAAGCGGAAGGAUGUCAAAGCAGAGGAUGUCAAGGUCAAAGUUUGCAUUUUUGCAUUUGAUCUUUUGUUUUUGAAUGGCGAACCUACUGUCAAGAAGACGUUACGCGAACGUCGCGAGCUUCUGCACAAGUCAUUCGAGGUUGUUGAGGGCGAAUUCCAAUUCGCUCAGCAUGGCGAUACGAAUGAUCUGGAAGAGAUUCAGAAUCUGCUGGACGAGAGUGUCAAGGCGUCAUGUGAAGGGCUGAUGGUGAAGAUGCUGGAUACGGAAGAGAGUGGCUACGAGCCCAGCAAACGAAGUCGGAAUUGGCUAAAGGUCAAGAAGGAUUACCUCGCAGGCGUUGGAGACUCCCUUGACCUUGUGGUGCUUGGUGCUUACUAUGGUCGGGGCAAGCGGACGUCUGUCUACGGAGCUUUCCUGCUGGCUGCGUACAAUACAAGCACACAGACUUACGAGACGAUCUGCAACAUUGGCACAGGCUUCUCAGAAGCGCUUCUGGAAGAGCUCUAUAAAGAACUCUCGCCUUUGACGAUAGACCGGCCCAAACCGUUCUACUCCCAUUCCAAUGUCCCCAAGGAUCAACCCGAUGUGUGGUUUGAACCACGGUUGGUUUGGGAGGUGAAGACAGCGGAUCUGACCCUGAGCCCUCGGUAUAAGGCUGCUGCCGAUGAAUUCGUGGGAACCACUGGUGGUGGAAAGGGCAUUUCUCUUCGCUUCCCACGGUUCAUCAAAUCACGCGACGACAAGAAGCCCGAGCAGGCCACGACCACGAGGGCAGUGGCGGAGAUGUAUCGCAAGCAAGAGGCUGGCCUGAAAGAAAACACUGGCAAAGGAGGCGUGGAUGAUGACUUUGAGUAUUGA